CCGCUCCAUUUUCCCGACAAAAAAAAAUCCCGAAAACCCAGAAGCAGACCUGAUGGCGGAACCAGAGAGAGAGCCGUAGACCUCCCCACAGCGAUAUGACCAAUUCCAACACCGCCUUCGCCAAAACCAUCUGCUCCAUCUGCUACGAAGACCUCAACCCCGUCUCCGAGGAUCUCCAAUCCAUCUCCCUCUGCGGCCACGUCUUCCACGAGCUCUGUUUGCAGCAGUGGUUCGAGUACUCGUCGAACAACAAGUGUAGUUGCCCGGUGUGCAAGCAGAGCUGCAAGGCGAGCGAUGCCGGCCGGCUUUAUUUCCAGUCGGUGGAUCCGAGUAGCACUCAGCGACCGGUUGUUGAGUGUGAGGACGAGGACGCCGCGGCAUUGCGCCAAGAGGUGCAGAGGUUGGAGUCCAAGACGAUUGUGCUUACUUCGGCAUUGGACCGGCAGGGGCAGAGUCUCAAGGAUCUCACCGACGAGCUUUGUUUGUGCAAGGAGCAGGCAAAGAAAGAAGUAGCAUCAAAGAAUGAUGCAGUGGCAUCAAAGAAUGAAGCCUUGAAACAACAAGCAUCCAUGGAACGGAUGCUUCGUAUGAAAUCUGGGGAGCUUGAUAAGGUAACUAUGGAGUGCUUGAGGUUGCAAGAAAAGAAUAUGAAAUUGGCCAAGGAGCUUGCAGCAUUCAAAUUGGUAUCUGACUUUGAUCUAAAAGAAGAGGAUGUCUUAAACUAUGCAGCUCUUGGUAAUGGGGUGAACAACAAAGAAUCGAUAGAUAGCCUAAAAAAGUCCUUGUUGUCGCGUGAAAGGGUUUACCAGGUCCAUGCCAAAAAAAUGACGGCUAGAUACAAUGAAUUGAUGAAAAAGCACAGAGAUCUGGCACAUGAAAAGGCUCGUUCUAGUGAAGAACUAGAGAAGGCUAAAGAAAAGAUGAAUACAUUAAAGACAAGGGUACAAGAAUUGGAGAGUGCGGUUGAAGUCAAGGACAAUGAAGUUUUGAGGGCUUUAAAAGCUUCAAGGGAAACUCGAGGGCAAAGAGUUAUUCAGAAUAAUGUUAGUUGUAAAUCUGAUUCUGUAUCCGUCAACAAUUCAUCAGAAGAUCAAAGCAAACAGUUUGCUCCAAUGCAUAAAUUUGAUAGGAUAGGAAGCUUGCCAAAUGAUCUACUGUGCCAGACAGUACACUUCAAUUUCAUUAGCCCUAUGGAUGCAAAUUCUACUAAAGAUGGUACAAGUACCAGUGCUGAUGAUGAAGAAAGAGAUCCCUACUCCUUAAUUGAUGAUGAUGCUUCAAAAUUUUCCACAACUAGACAUGAACUUUCAAAUGCCAAUGUGAAAAACCCACUCUGUGAGCAUAGAACUAGCCAGAAGUCUAGUAUGUUGAGACCAGGGGCUGCUUCUGAUUCAAUCAAUGAAACUUCAGUCUGUAGACUAAGAAAUCUGGACGAGCCUUUGGGCUCAAUAACUGGUAAAAUGACUCAUAUUUCCAAGUCUCCUGCUGCUGAUGUUGUGAUUCUUGAUGAUGUAGAAGAAGUCUCCCCGGUGCUUAACAUUAUACAGGAAUCUCCCAUCACACAAGCACUUCCCAGACAAGGGGUUGCAGGCUCUUCUGGUGGCUUGCUUGGUCUUGAUGGAGCAAACAGGUUGGGAAAAUGGUGCAAGCAGACUGUAAACAAUGGAUCUGUAACAAGGCAAGACUCAACGGCAAAUAAAAGUGAUUUGAUUGCUGUAGGAACUGACGGAAGAGGUGGAAGAAUCAAAGUUCUGAGAUCUCAUAAUCAAUCAACAUUGGAUAGUAAGUCAAAUUCACGGGGACCAAAGAGAUGCAAAUAUGGAGCUAAGACAAAUAGACUGCAGUCCCAAGGGUGCUUGCAAAUGGAACACUUCUUCGGAAGAUCUGGUCAAUAAUCAAAGUGUUUAGAGGUGUGCAUAUUAUAUAUCUGCAAGAUUGUAAUGCUCUAGUUUCUAGGAUUUAUUAGAGCCAAGAAGAGAGAAAAAAAAAAGUUCAGUUGUUAUGCCCCAACCAACGUAUGCUAAGAGACUAUCAAAUGGAAGAAGCUGAUGGCAUUUUUUGUACUUCCUGCUUUUGAACUUUGAGUUUUGCUAGUUCUGAUUUUUGUCUUAAUUCCCCCCUCCGUCUUCUUGAAGAAAAUCAUGUUUCUUAUUAGGCUCGCCUUGCUAUCCUAGUAGUUAGCCUAAACAGAACCUAUUCAGGUUUCCAGAAAGCCAUUUAUCAUGAAUCUUUCUUUGGAUCUGGUAUUAUUGCUUAGUGUUGAAGUUAAGGCCAAACAAAUUUCUUGAACUAUUGCAAAUGGAAUUCUUCUGUUGAAAAUGGACUUUGUCUUGCAUCCUUCCAGUUGGUGAAGUGAAUGUGAUAGAUUUUGGUCAGAACAACUCAGAAAAGGGAGCUUUGUACAUCAAGUAAUAAGUAGCUGAUGGAAUCACCUUUCUUCUGUUGUAACCCCGCGUCUUCCUGUAGAUGUUGAGACUUCUAGCUUCAUGUAAGAAUGAUGAUUGAUGAAUACUUUUCAUUAUGUCUUAUGAUCGAAUUCGUGAAUUAUGAUUUGAAGAUUACAGUGUAGCACUUGCUGACUUGCUGUCUGCAUGCUGGCUAAUGAUGUAAGUAAUGAUGCAAUUACCCACAAGUGAUU